AUGCCCGGCUCACAUCUCAAGCUGGCGGCACGGGUACCGUUAACCACGAGCGACCCACAACCACGCCAAUCCGUCUUCGGAGGGCUUCCACCACGCCUGCAGGCGCAAAUGGAAGAGAGGUUGACGGCGGACCGAGGUGAUCCGGAUCACUCGGACGUUAGCUCGAAUGAAAGCUCGGGUCGGUCGGGGUCACCGGAAGAUGCUCGCCAAAACCUGCCGCCUUGGUGGCUAGCGAUAAACAUUGUCACGUUUACGCCUCCAGCCUUUGAUUGGUAUGGCUGGGAUAGUGUAGGUUACAAUCUCCGGCAGCUUAUGCCGUUUUCCAUCCGCCACGGCCUCGGAGGCCUUGACGGAAACACGAGCGAAUACCUUGACUUGGUCCGAGAUGCACAUCGCGAGAUUGCGAAAUUGCAGUCCUCCUCCAAGAGCCAUCAAGACUCUCUUAAACAGCUUGGCACGAUGCUACCAAAGGUGAUCCACAUCACUCCUGGAAGGGGUGGCAAGCCAGUCAUCUCGGAGGACUUUUGGCACGCACUGCGAGACAAAGUUCGUCUUGAUGAUACUGUCGUGCAACUUGAAUUAUCUCGUGAUGGCCAAAAGUUUACUUCGGGAAAGCACUGGGAAGCCGUACGGAACCACAUGGACGCUGAGCUAGGAACGGGCAAGAUGCCAAAGUCGUGGGAGCGUUGGCUUCAAACUAACCGAGUCAAGAGCCCAGAACUUACAAAAGAGCUCCUAACGCGUGAAGAGUUCUUACGACUCCUCCAACCAGAGUUUACUGCCCAUAGGCGGCAGAUUCAAGCCGAAAUGAAGAGCGCCUUGGCCAACCACGAAAAGCGCGUGGAAACGAUAAUACAACAUACGAUCGACACCAAGGUUCGUGCUGGGUUAUCCAGCGACCAGAUAAAGGCACUCGUGGACGAAGCCGUACUCAAGGCCAUUCGAGAGGCUAGCCUGAAAGCUUUCGCGAAUGGCCAAAUUAUGUCUACAUGGGACAAGGACCUCCGCAACCGGGUCAACUUCUUCAGCGUUGGAACUGGGGCGACAAUCAACGUUCAAGAGUCUUCGCCGACAUAUUACCCUACGAAACCCCAAAGGCUCGGCACGGUUAACUGGUUCAAGUCGUUUAGCGGGGAUGCUUGGUGCGGCGCCCUCGGAGUAGACCAUUCGGGCCGCCCCAUGCCGGCAAAGUUGUCGAUCCAGCUCGGAAAAGUCAUUACUCCUGAAUACGUCGUUGUGGAGCACAUCCUUCCCGGAGCGACUUUAAGCCCUGAUGCCCGGCCCAAAGAAAUAGAAAUCUGGGCAUAUGUCGAUGGCGUGCGGCAGCAGAAGCGUCUUCUUGAUUUCGCCGCCGCCCAGUUUCCAAAACGACAGAGUGACUCCCUCGGGUUCCAGCCUAGCUCAUGCGGCGAAGGCGGGUGUUUUCUCCAGAUUGGCGGCUUUGAGUACGAUUCUAGCGAGCGCCAAGGUGGCAUUUACGUCCAUAGGCUCUCGGAAGAGUUGGCCAACAUGGGCGUUACAACGGACCACGUGCAACUCGUGGCGAGGACGAACCACGGGGACGCUCUCAAGACAUGCCUGUAUCGAGUGAGGCUUUACGGCAAUGUCUCGCACGGCGGAGGGCAAGGGGUUGAGCUCGACUAA